AUGGUCAAGACGGACAAAAAGGCCAAAAGGGCCAAGCAGGGCACCCGCACCACCGCCCUGUCCAAAAAGCGGACUCCUGCAGCCGCACCACCGCCCGUCCUGCUGAUGGACUUGGUCGAGCAGUUUCUGGCCGAAAACUCCUUCGACAAAGCCCACAGCGCCUUCAAGAAGCAGCGCGCGGAGAGCGGUGCCGGUCCCGGUCACAAAGCCACCAGCAGCAGCCAUUCCCUCGUCGGCGUGUACCGGGCUUGGGAAGCGUCCCAGAGCAACGCCCGUGGCAAGGCAAAGGCCACGACCAAGGACACUGACAGCUCCAGCAGCGACACCAGUUCCAGCUCCAGCUCUAGUUCAAGUUCUAGCUCCAAUUCCGACUCUAGCUCUAGCUCCAGUUCCGACUCCAGCUCGGACUCCAGCUCCAGCUCGGACGAGAGCGACAGCUCGAGCUCCGACUCGGACUCGUCUUCUGACUCUGACAGCAAACCCCAAUCCAAAAAGCAAAAGACUGCGACCGCCACCCAGCUUUUUUCAAAGUCAACCUCGAAGAACUCGCUGGCUGACGCCGGCAAGAUGGACGUUGACGACGCUUCCUCUGAUUCCUGCUCAAACUCUGAUUCCGACUCGGACAGCUCCAGCUCCGACUCGGAGUCCGAUUCUGAGACCGACAGCAGCUCGAGGGGCUCGGCCGUGGCCCAGGCUGCCGCCAAGGUGCCGCUCCCCGAGUCUGACAAUUCAUCCUCUUCCUCGGACGACUCCUCAUCAGAUUCUGAAUCUGGGGGCGGUCAUGCCAAGCCUCAAGUCAAGGCCAAGAAGGCAAACAAGGCUGCCACCAAGCAGUCAUCCGAUUCCUCGGUCACGUUGGGCACCAAGUCACCCGAACCCAAGGUGUCGACGACCAACCCCCCUCUGCCACCUGAUCCCGUCAUGACGGCGUCCACCAAUGGCCACAAGAAGCAGCAAAAUGAACGCUUCUCUCGCAUCCCCAAGAACAUAAGGGUGGAGUCCAAGUUUGCGUCCAACGACUACGUGGCGAUGAACUACUCGCAGCGUGCCUACGACGACCUGGUUGUGACUAAGGGCAAGGGCUUCACCAAGGAGAAGAACAAGAAGAAGAGGGGCAGCUUCCACGGCGGCAUGAUCAACAUUAAUGAGAAGAAGGGCAUCUACUUUGAUGACUAG